GCAGGGUGGAUGGCUGUGAUAGCAGAUGGCUUUAAUCACUAUUGCAAAAUAAUAACUGACUCAAAUUAUUCAUUUACAGGCUAUCCACAGUAACAAGAGGAUCGUGAGCUAAGAAAAGGAGUAUUCUCAAAACCUUGGUACUGGAAAUUAAAGAGAAAGGAUUGGAAUCAACAUUUUUGGGAGCGCAGAAUGAAAGCACAGCCUCCGGAAAGUGCAGACGCCCGAUGAUCACUCUUCUGGAUUAAACACAUCAUAGGUUAUACAUUCUGGAGACUGCAGUUGACCCAGGGAAUACAGGCCUUUAUUCUGUUUGUCGAUUUUGGACGGCUGUCAUACAUGAUACAUGGUAUUGGUUCCGCGGACUCCGCUCCGUUUGUUUCGUUGAUCAGGAGGAGUUGAAGUAACAAUUAAUUUAAUCGACAAGGCUUUCAUCUAUGGUCUCAUAAUCCUCAGCGGUGUCAUGAAAUUCGAGACUUCCCUGAACCAAGCCUUAUUUUUGGAGAUUGCUGUAAAUCGAAUGUAACGGUUCGCAUACGCGGAGAUCGUUUCGACACUUUGGAAGGGCGAAAGGUUACGAUUGCAUUAUUGGGGACCGCAGUUCAACGGGGAGCAAUUGACAUCACAGUCUGUCUGGAAUUGCUGUAUCGGUUCCUUUUAACAUUUUUAAGUUUCAUAGUAAGGCUUGUAGCCUAAUAGUUUCUAAACAGUCUUGUUGUUUCGGAUCACGACAGUCUACAGCAUUCGGAAGAAGCGGAUCUCUUUUGCGUGUGUCUUUUUUUCCAUUUGAGAAUGCUCGUCGCAUUAAACAGGGGAUACUAACCAUAACCAUCAAAUUAAAUAUCAAAGGGAACGUACAUAUCUUUCUUUCGUUUGGAUGGCAUGCUUUUGAAUUUUCUAUCGACUGCAAGCCUCCGAAGCUGACUGCCUGACCGGCGCUGCAACCUGCAUGGGAUUUUAGCUUUGCACCACGGAACAAUUUAUGGUCUCUCUCGGCGGUGCCCCGGCUGUAGUUGUCCUCCCGCGCUGCCAUGCUGGCCUGCCUGCAGAGGAGGCAGAACCCGCCGCCACAGCACCACCACCACCCGGCCUGCGCUGGCAAGGCCCUGGAGCCCCCGCCACAGGCCCUCAGCCGAAAAUGUGAGGUGCCGGUGGCCAUGCCCACGCCGCGCUACCCCAGCACGGCCGAGCUGGACGCCUACGCCCAGAAGACGGCGGGCGCGCCGCUCUCCAUCAAGAUCUUCCCCACCAACAUCAGGGUCCCGCAGCACAAGCACCUUAACCGCACGGUCAACGGCUACGACACCACGGGCCAGCGCUACAGCCCCUACCCCCAGCUCAACACCGGCGGCUACGGGGGCCUGCUGGCCAUCGUCAAGGUCUCGUCCUCGUCCUCGUCCUCGUUGUCCUCCUCCGCAUCCUCUCUCUCGUCCACGUCGUCGGCGUACGCGCCGUCGUCGUCGUCCGUGGCCAAGGGCGUGCUGAAGAAUGCGGAGGGCCGCCGGACUAAGCUCUCCCCUCCGCAGCUGGCUGUGGCCCCUUACCCGCCGCCGUUGGGUGGCACCACCGUUAGCGGCGGCGGCGGCACGUUAGUGCCCCCGCACCACCACCGGCACAUGCUGUACCACGCCAAGCCCCCGGAGGGCUCCACGGCCGCCCAGGGCAUCUCCGUGCCGCCCAACGUGACGGUGGCCAGCUCGGUGAUCCCGACCGGCGGAGGAGUAGGAGGUGGCAGUGCCACCUCCGGAGCAGCGGGGGGCGCUGCAGGGAGAGGGCUGGCCCUGCCUCCCCAGUCCAACCUGCCCUCCAUCCAGAGCAUCAUCUACCAGAUCAACCAGCACUGCCAAGCCCAGGCCCUGCAGCAGGUGUGCCAGGGAGCGGGCCCUCCGACCACCAACGCCACCUCCUCCUCCUCGGCCGCCAACAGCGGCGGCAGCGGCAGCAGCCCUCCCAAGCAGCACGGCGGGCUGCCGUCGUCCUCGUCCUCGGGCCACUCGGGGGGCGCCUUCGCGGCGGCGGGCAUGGUGGUGCCCGGCGGCCUGGCGUACGGUGGCGGGCAGGGCGGCGAGGGCCUCAAGACGGCGGGCGUGGUGUACGCCGACGGCAUGGAGUACCUGCUGUGGCAGCAGAAACAACAACAACAACAUCAUCAACAACAACAACAACAACAACAUCAACAACAACAUCAACACCAACAGCAGCAGCAGCACCAGCAGGCCGUCCUGCGCAUGUACAGCAACGGCAGCGGAGGAGGGGCAGCGGUCAGCAAGUCGCCCGAGACGUGCCUGCCCGGCGGGGGUAGCCUCCUGCUCGGAGGAGGCGGAGGUUCGUCGUCCUCCUCGUCCUCGUCCCGGCAGCCUUACUCCUCGCUGACGGCGGCGGGCGAGAAGGUGAGCUCGUCGCCGCUCACCUGCGCGGGCAUGCACGGCAACUUCUCGGUGGGCCAGUACUUUGCGCCGCCGUGGAACAGCGUCCUGGUCACGCCGGACAGCGACUGCUACAACCCGCAGGAGCUGCCGGGCGCCACGGGCACCACCGCCAUCGCCGGCCUUCCGCCCGCCGUCACGGGCCCGCUCACGGGCUUCUCCCACCACCCGCACCUGCACCCCCACCACCCGCACCAUCACCACCCCCACCAUCACCACCACCACCACCACCCCCACCACCCCCACUCGCACCACCACCCGCACCACCCGCACCACCCCCACCUGGGCCUGGACAGCGGCGGCGGCGGUGGUGGUGUUGGGGGUGGAGGCCUGUGCUGCGGCCUGCCCAGCAAGAGCCUGUGCAACACGUCGGUGCUCAGCAGCAGCCUGCAGUCGCUGGAGUACCUGAUCAACGACAUCCACCCGCCCUGCAUCAAGGAGCAGAUGCUGGGCAAAGGCUACGAGACUGUGGCGGUGCCGCGGCUGUUGGACCACCAGCACGCGCACAUACGCCUCCCCGUUUACAGAUAGAGGAGGGAGGAGGAGGAGGAGGAGGAGGAAGAGGAGGAGGAGGAGGAGCAGAAGCAGAAGCAGGGACGCAAAAAAAAAAAAAUCCAGGGCGGUGCUUCGAUGUUUCCCCCACCCGAAAAAAAAGGGCCAAUGUGAAAUCUCAAUCAAAUGCAAGAAGAGGCCGCGGUACUCUGGAGGACGGACUAGAUGGAGGUGUG